AUGUUUCCCAAUUCUCUUCUUUUUGCUUUCGUAGCCACUUGCCUCUUCCUCGCCAAUGUUGGUGCUGAAGCUGGUUCCGCACCCAACCGUCCUGAUGGGUUCGAUUCUUACCCCUCUGACCACUUUCGCAAGGCCAGAAUGGACAAGAGGUACAUCCCUCACUCAGUCUUCCAGGGUUAUCAAGCCAAAGCAAAGCGUGAUGGAAGAGUGUUUGUAAGACGUAGCGAUGAUGAGUACGGAGGAUCACGCCCAGAGUUCCAGCCAGCCGAGUUUGAAAAGCGUAGCGUUGGUGAGGAUGCCGAUGAUGGAAUCGGUGGUCAUUGGUCGAUUGCGAAACGUAACGAUGAAGAUGAUGGCGACAAGGGGCUUUUUAACGCUUUGAACAAGAGGAGCCUUCCCCCCACUGCCGCCGCCAACCUAGAGAAACGCGCCCCUCAGGAGAUAAGCAAGCCAAUUCGAACGGUCGGAACGGUUCAAAAGGCCCAGCAACCUACCCCCAGCAAGUAUUCCCAGGGCCCCGACCUCGUUGGCCCAACCUACCAGCUUCCGGCCAGUGACUAUCGCUCUAACAUGUCCGCCAACUUCGCUCACCGUCGCCACUCAUCACCACCCACCAACGCUACUCAGAUCCACGUCAACACCCCCUUUGCGCAUAUUGCCACAGCGUGCAACCAUACGUGUCACUUCAUUCACAUUGGCACACACUCAAUACAGUCGAGACAUACCUGGCAUUGCUUUGUACUUAGUCGUCUUCUAAACACAACAAUUGCUAUCCGCUUUGCCGCUCCUCGCUUGUGUAUUCCUCAACUUUACCAAGCGGCUCCAUCGUCGAUCACCAUUGCUUCCUUGCUCUCCACCACUCCGGCUGACAGGUUUCCUCGGCAGGGUGGCGAUUCUAGUUUUUCCUCGGUUCAAGAGUUUAUCAACCAAGCCCAAAAGACCACCAAGUGCACUUGGCUUUCCCCUGCCGAUGUUCACUGUGCUUUCUGCAAGCGUUGUUCCGACGCCGGUGGAACCAACAAGGGUGAAUUUGCCGGUCCGAAGGCUCGGGAUCAGGAUAAUGAUACCACUGUGCCUGGUUUGAGUGAACGUGCAAAGCCGAAGGUGGGAGAAGGUCCAGGCUCCUCGGACCGUCUCCGGCGGCAAGCCUAA